AGUCUGCACUCAGGCUAACAGAGUCAGUGAGAACUAAGCUUUGGGAUGUCCCUCACUGUCUGAGCUCUUCCUUCUUUUGAAACCUGACUGAAGACUGCUCGGACUGUAGCCAGCUGACGAACAUGUUGCUUCGGACUGCGGCCCUGUUCCUCCUCUGUGCGUCUACAGGAAUGUGUGCCACCUUGGGGUACUUCCAGACUGAAGCCUUGGAGGAUGGGGAAGUUGCUGCUGUUGUUGCUCAAGAUGUCCCUCUAGAUUAUGCUUUUGAUGACAAAAUAUUUGGAUCAGAUAACUCAGGAGUAGACCUACCUGAAGUCCAAGACAAAGAGCCAGAAACGGACAAGGAUAAGCCUGAUGGAGAUUCUGCCACUAUGGAAGGGUUUGCAAAGAAAGCAGUUACUCAGGACCAACCUCCACCUGAAGAGGAGGUCAAUGAGAUCAGGCCAGUCCAGACAAAUAAAGCCUCCAAUAAACCACUGGCACAAGAAGAAGCAAGCAGCUGGAGCCUCAACUCCAUCAGGGACAGUUUCCAGACGGUGCACGGAUACUUCGACUCCCUGGUGGAGCUGGUCGGGGGACACAACGGUGUCUGUCAGUACCGCUGCCGAUAUGGAGCACUCCCACUUCCUCGGCCCGGCUACAAGCAUCAAGAACCCAACGGCUGCAGCUCGUCUCUCGUGGGCUUCCAGGUGAAUGCUGCUCUUGACGUGGGAAUCCCUGCUAUGACAAGGUGCUGCAACCAGCUGGAUGUGUGUUACGACACUUGUGCUGUGAACAAGUACGACUGUGAUGCCAAGUUUCGCUCGUGCCUCCAUGACAUCUGCUCUGACCUGAAGAAGAGUCUGGGGUUUGUGUCCAAAGUGCAAGCUUGUGAAUCAAUGGCAGAUGCCCUCUACAACACAGUGUGGACUCUGGGCUGCAGACCUUACAUGAACAGCCAGAGGGCAUCGUGUAUUUGCGAGGGAGAAGAGAGAGAUGAACUGUAACACAGAACACUGUGGCCCACUCCUCUGUAUAUUUCAAAGAUAACAGAGUCAUGGACAUUUCCACAUAUUACAACAAGAGAAGACACUUCUCAAGAGAGUCCUCUUAAAGGAAUAGUUCAGAAUAUAUGAAGUGGAGUUCAACUGAGAGGCUAUGAUCAGUUAAUAACUUUAGGCAUCUUAAUUAUGUAUAAAUUCAGAUUAGAUGAAGCUAACAGCUAGCUAGCUAGGGGGCUAUUAUUUUAGCUCAACAAUUUAAACUAAAAAUGCUUCUAUCAGUGAGAUAUAAAGCUGUCCAGACUUUCACAGGCAGCAAGGAGAGUUAAGCAGGCAAGAUAUUAACUGCUUAUAACAGAAACAUGGAAAAAUCUGAACUAUCCCUUUAAGAUUCAGAAAUGAGGAAAUUAAAAAGAUGUAAAUGGGGAAUUCAGUGAUUCAGAAGAUUUAUUAAUACAGGGUCCAAACAGAUAUUGUGAGUCUGAAGAUGGCCUUUAGCGUCUGAAUUAAUUGCUUAUGCAUAUUUACCUCCUCAUUGUAGGUCAAAUUUGGUCUUCUAUGACUCCAUUACCAUAAAUUACUUGAUGACUCCAAACAAAACACCUGAUAUGAAGAUGAGAAGAAUAUUUUGGUCGGAUUAAUUUUCUCUUGAUUGAAAUUUCAAGAUAAUACCUGGAAUGCAAGCGGCAGUGUGUGUGCUGCCAUCUAAAAUUUCUCACACAUCUUCAAUAACAAGUCGAAUGCCUACUACACCACAUAGUUUAAGUUAUUUUUUACUAUCUAUCUAAUUUGAAGUUAAAUGACAACAUUAGCUAUAGGUUAGCUUCCAGAGUAAUGAACCAUGUGCAUAAUAUCUGACAUGCUCCCAGCGCUUUGAUUAAGCUCAGCAAAUGAGUCAAAAUGAAUCAGUGGAAGGGCCGUGUGUUGUUUUCCAAGUUAAUGAUGGUAUGAAAUUUAAACUAGUCCGAGUCUCGAAGCUGCAAUCAAUCCAGAGAAAAUGUCCUUACAAUGGCAUCCUGAUAAACAUCUGCUGUGCUGUGGGCCCAGCCAUCAGGUUUGUAAUCUGAAUGUCAAUCAUUAUAAUGUCAGUAAUGCAGCUGUGAGACACUGAAGCUUGGAAGAAUAUGUGUAUUCUGUGUGUAUGUGUAUUUAUGUGUGUAGGACUAUAAAGGGACAGUGCAAUGGACUGUAUGUCUGCAUCUAUUUGGUGCUUUAACUACCAAAUAAACUGAAAGGGUCACCUCA